GAACAACUAGAGCAAAUGCAGAAAUUCUUUGGACUGGAAGUGACUGGGAGGCCAGAUAAGAAAACCCUGAAUGUGAUGAAGCAGCCCAGGUGUGGGGUGCCCGACGUGGCUUCGUUCACCACCAUGCCUGGGAACCCCGUCUGGGAAAUGAAGAAUCUGACUUACAGGAUUGUAAAUUACACACCACUUUUGCCAAAAUCAGUUGUGGAGAAGGCCUUUAGGAAAGCCUUUCAAAUUUGGAGUGAGGUCUCAGCCUUGACAUUCACCAGGAUCUCUCAGGGUGAAGCGGACAUAAUGAUAACCUUUAUCAGAGGAGAACACGGUGACAAUAACCCCUUUGAUGGACCUGGAAAUAAACUCGCUCACGCUUUUGGACCAGGGCCACGUUUGGGAGGGGAUGUUCAUUUUGAUCUAGAUGAGACAUGGACCAAUGAAUCGUGGAUUGAGGAUUUCAGUAAGUUUAACUUGUAUUAUUCUGCGGCUCAUGAAUUUGGUCACUCCCUUGGACUUGGUCAUUCUUCCGACAUUGCAUCUUUGAUGUACCCCAUCUAUCAGUACAGUGGACAAGUUCUACUAGGACAAGAUGAUGUUGAUGGCAUCCAAGAACUGUAUGGUAAGAAUAAAACUCCCAAAAAACCCAUCAACAAGAAAUUCUUAACAACCCCACAAGCGUGUGAUGGUAACUUUACCUUUAAUGCUGUAACUACAGUUCGAGGAGAAGUAAUGUUCUUUAAAGAAAGGUUCUACCUUCGUCCACUGUACCAAGACAAAUACCAAGAAGUGAAUCUCAUUUCUGUGUUUUGGCCACACCUGUCAGGUGGAUUUGAUGCUGCUUAUGAAUUUGAAGAGGACGAUAAAAUCCUGUUUUUCAAGGGUCACAAGUACUGGGCUGUUCAGAAUUUGAAGGCUUUAUUUGGUUACCCUAAGGAUAUCUACCAAUCUUUUGGCUUCCCUAGGACUGUAACCAAAAUUGAUGCUGCUGCUUCUGAUGUGUACACGGGAAAAACAUACUUCUUUGUUGCUAACAAGUACUGGAGGUAUGAUGAAAAGAAAAAAUCCAUGGAUGAAGGUUAUCCUAAAAUAACAGCACAGGACUUUCCUGGAAUAAAUAAAGUUGAUGCUGCUUUCUGCAAAAAUGGACUUUUCCAUUUAUUUCAUGGAACAAAGCAUUAUGAAUAUAAUCCAAUAACAAAGCAAGUGACUACCGGGAAAAUUAAUAGUUUGUUCAACUGCUGAGAAUAUUGACAAACCAUUAGAAAGUUAAUGGAAAAUAUAUUUUGUGAUCCCAAGGAAGAUGUUUUUCUGAAGAGCUAUAUAUUUUUCAG